AGGAGAACUCCCCGCAUGAAUUCUGCAGCACGAGGUUCACCCUCCGCCACUGGGAUACGGACGCCGGAAGGCAACUGGGUGGUUCAAUUGCGCCGCCCCUCGGCCUGCUCUUAAAGGGGAAGGCCCUCCUGGGAGGAAGGAGAGGGAAGCCGGGAGAGCAGGAUGAGUGUCGGCCUUCUCUCGGCUCUGCUCUGCUGCUCGGCCGCCACGCUCCUCUGGCUGAGAUGGCAGCGGCGGCGGAAGAUCCGCAGGAAGAUCGAGGAGGCCCAGCAGAAGCGGGAGCGCGCCCUGGAGCGGAUGGGGGCGGCGGCGCGGAGGUUCACGGAGCAGAAUCCAAGCCACCGACCAGAAUCAAUCUUGUCUUUGAGCCUGCCUGAACUCUGUAGGAAACUCAGGGAUGGUUUACUUUUGCCUGAAAGUGUUCUCUAUACUUACAUGGACAAGGCUUUGAAAGUCACUAAGGAUGUCAACUGUUUGACUGAUUAUCUUGAAGACAGUGAAUCACAACUUCUGCAAGUGAAAAGUCAAGGAAAUAAGGGUUUGCUUUAUGGGGUUCCUGUCAGUAUAAAGGACUCAAUUGACUGCAAGGGCUUUGACUCUACUUUGGGUUUUGUGAAACGUCUCAAUCAUCCAGCAGCGGAAGAUGCUGUUUUAGUCCAGGUGUUGAAACAUCAAGGAGCAAUUCCAUUUGUAAAAACCAAUGUCCCUCAGUCUUUAAUGAACUUUGACUGUAGCAACUUAAUAUUUGGCCAGACAGUGCAUCCUCUGGAUCACACCAAAACCCCAGGUGGUUCUUCAGGAGGAGAAGCCUCACUUAUUAAAAGUGGUGGAUCAAUCUUGGGCAUCGGCACAGAUAUAGGAGGCAGCAUCCGUAUUCCAUCUGGCUUCUGUGGGAUUUGUGGACUCAAAACUACAGGCGACCGAAUAAGCAAAAGAGGAGUUAUACGAAGCCUUGGUGGGCAGAAAUCAGUUGUUGCAGGUGUAGGACCUAUGGCAAGGGAUGUUGAGAGCCUCGCUAUUUGUCUGAGAUCUCUGCUGUGUGAGGAAAUGUUCCGCCUGGAUCCCAAGGUGCCUCCCCUUCCUUUCAAUGAGCAGGUGUACUCUAGCUCUCAUCCCCUCCGAAUAGGAUACUAUGUCACCGAUUCAUUUCUUAUGCCAACCCCUUCCAUGAAAAGAGCUAUACUGGAAACCAAGGAGCUUCUAGAAAAGGCUGGCCAUGUGCUGGUUCCCUUUAAGCUCAUCAAUAUGGACUACUUUGUGUAUAACCUUUGUAUUGGAGGCACCUUUGCUGAUGGCUCUGCCACCUACCUAGAACACUUCAAAGGAGAGUUGGUGGAUCCCUCAAUAAAGGAUUUGCUGCUCCUGGCAAAAGUACCUAACUGGAUGCGACGCCUCCUAAGCUGGAUUGUCAGACCAAUAAGUCCUCGUGCAUCAAAACUUGUGAAAAACAUGACAGAGAGGUCUGUGAAAGAACUUUGGGAACUUCACUUUGAAAUUGAGGAAUACUGCUACAAAUUUAUUGCAGAGUGGAAGAAACUACAGCUGGAUGUGAUGCUUUGCCCUGCACUGUCUCCUGCUUAUAAGAUUGGAUAUCCCGGCAAAAUUUCAAUGGGAGCCAUUUAUACUAUGUUGUAUAACUACUUGGAUUUCCCUGCUGGAGUGGUUCCUGUCACAACAGUGACGAAGGAAGAUGAGGAGGAACUGAAGAACUUCAGAGGGUACUAUAAUGAUAUAUGGGACAAAAUCUUUGCCAAGGCAGUGGAAGGGGGUGUGGGGCUCCCUGUGACCGUUCAGUGUGUGGCUUUGCCAUGGCAGGAAGAACUGUGCCUCCGGUUCAUGAAGGAAAUAGAAACAUUGACUUCAGAAAAAAGAAGAACACAUUGAGUGUAAAACUUGCUAGAAACAGAAAAAUGAGAAACUGAACUUCUGGGUUUAGUAGACCCAUAACAGACUUUGAUCAGACCAAGUUUUGAUUAAAUGCUGAAAUGCU